AUGGCAAAAGGACCUAUCCAUCUCCCCGUUCACUCGUCUGAUCACUCUCCCGAGAGAGGAUCAGCUAGACGAUCAUGGCCUCUCGUAGUACUUGGUCUGCUAGCUACGGCGGCAGUCAUGUCCUCAUGGCCUGUCGGUGUGAACCAGCUCUCCUCUAAGGUUAACUUACCUUCUUUCAAGGGUACUUCAGAGAUGAGAAAGGGUACAUGUGAACAAGCUGAGCCUAUCUUGCCUGAUGGGAUCAAUGUUACCAAAGUAUGGGAGGAUAAGGAAAUUAUCAUCAAGCGAUUACAGGAAGCUAUUAGGAUACCUACACAGAUGUACGACGAGAUGGGUCCAGUAGACGAGGACCCAAGAUGGAAGAUCUUUGCUGAGUUCCAUGACUUCCUCGAAAGAACCUUCCCUAACGUCUACGAGCAUGCCCAAGUCACGAAGACCGACUGGGCUUUAGUUUACGAGAUUGAAGGUUCCGAUUCGUCUUUGAAGCCGUUGAUGCUCACUGCCCAUCAAGAUGUCGUCCCGGUCCUUCCUGAGACUGUAAAUCAAUGGACCCAUGAUCCUUUUAGUGGUGAUUAUGACGGAACUUCGAUUCAUGGAAGAGGUUCGUCAGAUACCAAAAGCAGUUUGAUCGCUGUUAUGUCUGCCCUUGAACAUCUCUUUGGCACUACCGACUUCAAACCUCGAAGACCUAUCAUUCUCGCUUUCGGUUCAGACGAAGAAAGAGGUGGUCAGACUGGUGCACCUGCUAUUGCUAAAUAUCUCUUGGAGAAGUACGGAAAGAACUCUAUGUCUUUACUUAUCGAUGAGGGUAACGGUUUAGUCGAAACAUGGGGUCAGCAAUUUGCUACACCCGCCGUUGCUGAAAAGGGUCAUGUAGAUAUCGGUUUAACCGUAUCUACGUUGGGUGGACAUUCAUCUGUUCCACCUCCACACACUGCUAUUGGCUUGAUCUCGUUGUUGAUCGCUCAACUCGAAGCUCAUCCACACGAACCUACCAUCUCCGCCAAAUCGCCAAUCUACGAGUUCAUGACUUGUGCUGCUACUUUUGCCGAAUCCAUGCCAGCCAAGUUGAAAAAAUUAGUCAUCAAAGCUGAGAAAGGUAGUAAAAAAGCUUGGAAAGAUCUCCCAUUGGAAAUUAUCAGUACCGGUAUGGAUGGUAGUUCCCAUGGUCCUGGUCAGGGUGAUCCCCUCAGAAGUUUGUUGACCACUACUCAAGCGGUUGAUAUCAUCAAUGGUGGUCUGAAGGUCAAUGCUUUGCCUGAAUCAGUAAAAGCCAUCAUCAACCAUCGAAUUAAUGUUCUCUCCAACCAUGUCGAACUUCAGUCCCGAAUCGAGACACUCUUACUUCCAGUUGCAGAAACAUACAAUCUCACAUUGAAUGGAUUUGACGGUACGACUGUUUUCUCUGGAUCUCCUAAUUCAAAGGUAGAUUUGGAUUUGGCAUUUGGAUAUUUCACCGACCCCGCUCCUCACAGUCCCGUCACGCUCGAUGAUCCAGCUUGGAACGUCUUGGCUGGAACUUCCAGGGGUGUAUGGGCUAGUAGGAAGGAGGUCAGUAAAGAUGGAAAGAUCGUAGAGUUGGAGAAAGGAAAAGAUCUCGUCAUGGCGCCAUUUAUGAGUACUGGUAACACCGAUACUCGACGAUACCUCGACCUCACGCCUAACAUCUACCGAUACAGGUACACUCCUAUGUCGGGAGGUGCGGGUGCCCACACCAUCAACGAAUAUUCGAAUGCGAAUGAUUUGAUCGAAUUCACCAGGUUCUAUCAGGCUAUCAUCCUCAAUAUGGAUCAAUCAGAGGAAGUAGCUUAG